UCCAUCCAGCACAGCGCGGCGCCACGAAAUAUUCCAUAAGUUGUAUCGAUAGCGUGUAUGUGAUUGGAAUAGGAGCCCAACUGCGUUCGGACCUAAAGCUAACAUGGAUACAUAUAUUGGAUAUUUACUAAAAUGUCAAGUUAUCGCUUAACAUUGAUAUGGCGAACGUAAAAGUAGCCGUCCGUGUACGGCCUAUUUGUAAAAGAGAGGAAGAUGCAAAGGCCACAGUAGUUGUGAACGAGUACCAGGAAAAUGUUUUAGGUGUUGCAAAUCCUAAGAUCGAGGGCAUUGAAGGAUCCAGUGACCACCGGGACCGUAUAAAGCACUUCUCAUUUGAUUACUGUUACUUCUCUCUUGAUAAAACUGCUCCAAAUUACGCCUCACAGCAGACGAUAUUCAGCGAUCUCGGAAGUGAGAUCUUGGAUUCUAGCUUUGAUGGCUACAACGUCUGUCUGUUUGCCUACGGGCAGACUGGGUCUGGCAAGACACACACCAUGAUGGGAGGGGAUGAGGCUGAACAAGGAGUGAUCCCUAGAUUAUGUGAGAGUCUUCUUGAAAGGGUGAGCAGCUAUGAAGAGGAUGUCACAUUCAAAGUGGAAGUCAGUUUCCUAGAGAUCUACAACGAGAGGGUAAGAGAUCUGCUGGCUCCCCCCAACAAGGCCAAGUACUCUCUCAAAGUCCGAGAGCACCCCAAAGAUGGACCAUAUGUACAAGAUCUGUCCCAUCAUCUGGUGUCGGACUAUGAGCAGGUGCUGUCACUGAUGCAUGAUGGGAAUCUUCAGCGGACCACAGCGGCUACCCACAUGCAUGAGCUGAGCAGUCGGUCUCACGCUAUCUUCACCAUCACAUUCAUCCAGGCCAAGAUGUCCCAUGGGAUGCCAAGUGAGAUCGUGAGUAAGAUCAACCUGGUGGACUUGGCUGGCAGCGAACGGGCAUCGAUCAACUCUAGCAAAGACAGAUUGCAAGAGGGCGCUAAUAUCAACAAAUCGCUGGUAACCCUGGGCAACUGUAUACAAGCGCUAGGACCCCAAACGGAUCUUUCUAAGUCUCUCCCAGAGACUUGGUUGACUGCUAGGCAAAAAAAGAGAGCUGCUGCCAGCUCCCUCACGGCUGCCAGUAUGGAGAGCCUGUCCAUGAGCGAAGACUGGGACGCCCUCUCAGGUCCACGACGCAGGACUAACUACGUGCCUUACCGCAACUCCAUCCUUACUUGGCUCCUCAAGGACAGUCUGGGAGGAAACUCGAAGACCAUCAUGAUUGCAACAAUCUCGCCAGCUUCCAUUCAUUAUAACGAAACAAUGAGCACAUUGAGAUAUGCAAGACGAGCAAAGCACAUAAUCAAUCAACCCAUUGUGAAUGAGGAUCGCAACGUAAGGCUGAUCCGCGAGCUGAGGGACGAGAUCGACAGGUUACGCAUGCUCCUGAACAGCGCCAGCCUGGCAAGCUCACAAGCUUCACUGAUUCAAGACCAAAACAUCUGUCGCAUGCUGCAGGAGAACGAGCAAAGAGUUGAUCAGCUGACGGAGGCCUGGGUGGAGAAGUGGAGCAAUGCAGCCCGCAUCAUGCAGGAGUGUAACGUUGGAAUUCGUAAGGAGAGCGUUGGAGUGAUAGUAGAAUCUGAGCUACCUCAUCUUAUCGGUAUGGACGAUGAUCUUCUUAGUACCGGCAUCAUCCUUUAUCAUCUCAAGGAGGGAAGGACCAAAAUAGGCAGAGCGAAUUCAGACAUUCAUCAGGAUAUUGUACUGUAUGGCCCUGAUGUAGAGGACGAGCAUGCGGUCAUUAUCAAUGCAGACGGCCAUGUUAUACUCACACCCCUCAGGAACUCCAAGUGUGCUGUCAACGGGAUCAACGUCCAUCGGCCGAUAGAGAUCACACAAGGUGCUGUAAUCUUACUUGGGAGUACUAACAUGUUCCGUUUCAACCAUCCUGCCGAAGCUGUCAAACUCAGGGAAAGAAGAGCGUCCAAUAUACCUGGUCGUGGAUUGCGGAGAAAAAGCAUCACACUUCAUGUACCUAACACAGGGGAUGCACUCUCUGCCGAGUUUGGGAAACGGAUCAGCCUGUCGAUGAGUUUAGAUGGAUCCUGGAGUGCCGAACCUGAGAGCAACCUCAAGAAGACCCCCAUGCGAUCAUCCUUCAGCGAUCUCUCCUCAGAUAUCUCACCUAUCAUGAUGUUUAAUCCGGGAUUGGAACUAGAGAGGGUGCACAGGUUGGAGGCUGAGAAACUAGAAGAUACUAGGAAACAGCUGGCCGAGUUGGAGGCCAGGAGGGCAGAGGCGGAGGCAGCAAGCAAGGAGCAGGAGUCGAUGAUGAAGCGGAGUCUCUGUGAACACCAGGACCGCAUCAGGGAGCAGAAGGAGCUCAUCGAGAGGCUGAAGAUGGAGCAUCAGGGAGCCAUGGCUUUAGCUCAGGAGGAGCUGACCAUGAUGAAGGGGAAGAUCAACAGCCAGAAAGAGAUGGGUAAACACAAACUGGAAGGAGAACUUACCCAGCUGAAAGAGGUUCCAAGUUACCAUUCAGAUCUGUGCACGAUUCCCAGUGUUGUUGCUGAUGUCUGCAGUGACACAAGAGACCUCUCAGGGUUGGACAUUGCUAAAAAGCGUGUGGCCCUGAUGGAACUCCUGCAGAAGCAGUCACAGCGUAAGGCACUAGCUGCCCUGGAAAGGCGACAGGCAACCCUUGAGGUGCAAGAAAGAACUGCUCAAUUGAUUCUGAAACAUGAGGAGCAAAAACUUCAGGAUUUUGAAACUGAUCCACGUUUGCUUGAGGGAGAGUUCGGUUCAGAGCAGUCACCUGAAAAAGAGCUUGGAGAUCGUGACAUUGAGAACACAGUGGAUAGUUCUACAGAAAAUGUGAGCACAGAAUUGCCAGCAUCAGGUCGAGUCAGUCCUGUAGGAAACAGUGACCCUGAAACAAUGCAUCACAACAAUGUUCCUUCUCCGAAGAAAGAGACUAAGCGCAUCCAAAAGCAGGAAAACAAAGUUAAGACUAUGGAUCAAAAGAAGGACCAAACAAACAGUUCAAAGAAAAAUUCCAGAAAAACUGAUGCUAGACCUACUAGAAAGGUUGAAUUAGGUCCUUCAAAAACUAAACCCAGGGAAGAACAAAUAAAGAGGGAAAGUGAUGGUCUAUCUGCAUCACCUUCAAGGUCUCCAUCUCCUCCCAAAAGUUCAAGGUCAAGCUCGCCAAGUAAAUCCUCGAGGUCCAACUCACCCACCAAGUCACUAAGAUCAGAUUCACCAACAAAAUCCUCAAGGUCCAACUCACCCACCAAGUCAUUAAGAUCAGAUUCACCAACAAAAUCUUCAAGGUCUGCAUCUCCAACCAAAUCUGUAAGGUCUGAAUCACCGACCAAGUCAUCAAGAUCAUCUUCUCCUGCAAGUACCUCCUCGAGGCAGUCCAGGCAAACUUCAGGAAAUGUUUUUUCUCGCCUGUAUCCCCAGCAAGAAACAAAAUUUAAUUUUCUCAGGAAGAAGAGUCCUCCAAGAUAUGGUGAAUAUGAUCCUCACAGAGAGAGAGACAGAGACUCUCCACACUUGAUCAGGAGAGAACUGUCUCCUGUAGAGCAUGACCCUAUCAAGUUAAAGGACAAAAAACGUGAACAUGUUCAGGACCAUAAGCAUGUGAGAACCAGCAGUGUGCCUUCAAGCAAUCUUCCAGACAGAACAAAGCAAAAUCUUCAUUCUAGAAGUAGGAGUGCUAGUCCAUGUGUAAAUAAUCCUGUAAAACCAGCAACAAGGCCAAAGAAAUCUCCAGUAUCACAGUCCUCACAAGAAACUGAAAAGGCGGUUAGGAGAACUAAAGUGAAAUCAAAAGACACAGCAAGUGCUCCACUUGAUAGAACUCAAACUGAUCCUGGUAAUGAAAAACAAAAUAAUAAGUGCCAAACCAAAACCAAGCAAGCCCAACGCACAUCUCCAAGUGAAUCAACCCACUCCAGUCCAACUAAAAGGAAAUUAAAUAAACCAGAAAACACUUCAAAUGCAAAGACCCCUAAAGGCUCAUCUGCCUCUCCUCGGUCAAGACCAAUCAUUGGGAAAGCAGUUGAUAGAAGUCCAUCUCCAAGGAAGAAAUCAGAACAAACUCCAUCUCACCGGAAGACUGUAAAGAGGCCCCUUUCUAGGAGUCGCAACGAUAAGGAUGGUGAAAACACAAAUUCUCCUAGUCCUAGGAGGAAAUUUGCAAGAACUCCCGUUGUCAAACCAAAGAACUGGCCGUCCAUAGAGAACUUACCAAAGAGUACUCCCAAAUCUGAAGCUUUCUAUGUACCUCUCACUAGCGAACAGUUGAGGCUUGCACUUCAGAAGCACGCCAGUGAGCAGGACAGUGGACCACAUCUGGAAGGUGCAGAUUUGGGGGCUUCAGGAUGUGAACAGCACUGGAGUCCCAGUCGUAAGAGGUCUAUUGGAAAGCAGCCCCAGCAAACACAAACAGAUCCAAUUCAGGCCAGCAUAGGAGGAGAGAUAUUUGGUUUGGAAAUGGAUGGAGUAAACAAUUUAGAAAAUGAGGAAGAUCACUACAGCUCCUCAGAAAGUCUUGUAGAUUCUCUGGAGGAAGAUCUUAAACAUGAUCAAGAAGUAGAACUAGAAUAUGAUGAUGGACCAAGAGUUGUUGAUAUGACGUCUGCAGAUGAAGAUGAAUUCUGGGCCAUACCUGUCUCUUCAGAGGAUAUUCUUACAGCUUCUAGUGAUGCAGGUGAAGAUGAUGAUGAAGAUGACAUUGCAUUGAACCUGGAUGUCCAUGACAGGAAACAAAGCUCAGAUACUCUUGAAAGUUUGAACAGCAACGACGAACUUGAAGCCGAUGAUCCUUGCCAUACUACUAUGGUGGAAGUAGAAAACACAGAGGCAUUUGGAAAUGAAGAAGAAGGAAAUGCUGAUCCUGAAGUUGACAGUUGUAGUAGACUUCCUAGUAAUAAAGAGAGACUCGUGUCAGAUGAUAGCAUCGGCAGCGCACAGUUUCCUGAUGCCCCAGUUGUCUGUGACCAUGAAGAAGCAAAGCCAUGUGGAGAUAACAUCUCAUGUGAUAUGGAGCAUGCAGAAGAUGAGCAAGUACCUCUUGGCAUGCAAACACAGGAUGACAUGAAUGAACAAGCAAGUAUCCUUGAUAAAUCAGAGCUUGAUGAGAAUCAAGAUAGACCAACAGAGACACACUUGCCUGAUAAAGAUAUGGUGUCUCUAGAACCAUCACACCUUAAUGUAAAAUUUGAGCAGGAAACAGUUGGACCAACAGACCAAGAGGCAGAAGCUCGUGAGAAAGACAAGGAUGAACAGGUUUCUGAAGGAGAGCAUGUUGAAACUGAAAAAGAAACUCUCCAUGGGGACAUCAAUGAUAGAAAUGCCACUUUACCUCAAGGGCCACAAAUUAAUGAAAUUCACUCAAUGCCAGACUUGCCUCAUGAAUGUGACACAGAAAUAAGUAAACUUUUACAUGAAGAUGAUUCUUGUGUCGUUCCUGAAGGAUAUGAGCAGAAAUUUACAGAGGAGGACCCCCCACAUGAAAUCGCAAAUAUGAAUGAUCAAGAAUCUCCAAGGGACUUGCAUAGUGUUGGAGUUCUCUCAGUGGCAGAAUUACCUGAUGAAUAUAUAGUUUCUGAUUCAGCAGAUCCUGAUGUAACAUCUGACAGUCACUUAGUUAGACCAGCAGACGCAGAAAUUGAAGCUUGUGAGGAACACGGGGAUAAUAAAAUGGCUGAAAUAAAGCUAGAGAAUGCAGAGCAAUACCCUGACAUUGACAUGGAUGAUACAGAGCAACAUGUAAGUGGAGACCUUCGUGAUAAAGACUUAUCUUCUGAAUCUUCCCAUUCUGGUGCAACAUCUGACGAUGAUUUAGACGGACCAAGCAGGGCCACAGAAACUGCUGAGGAAGAAGAUAAUGAUGAUAACCUUGAGAAUCUAGAAGAAAAUUUGCUGAAAACUAGAGAGGAAGACAUUCAAAUGAAUGACUUAACUGAUGAUUUAAAUCAGGAGCCACACAUCAAUGAAAUUCAGUCAAGCACAGAUUUGCUUGAUAAAGAACCAAUAUCAUCUGAUCCACUACAUUCUGAUGGAACCUGUGAAAAUGAAACACAUGGACAAACAGGGGAAAUAGAAGCUUCUGAUAAUGAUGGAAUUGAUGAUCCAGAAAGGCUAAAAGUGACAGUGGAUGACUUUCAAAUAGGCAACAGUGAUGGAAGCGAUCCUUUACUUCAAGAAGCACUCCUAGAAUCUCCAUCAGCCACAUACCUGUCUCUUGAACCUGCUAGUUCUUCUGAUUCAUCUCAUCCUGAAGUCUCAUGUGAAAAGAAAGUACAAAGACCGACAGUCAAAUUUGAGAUGGGCAGGACAGAUGAGUCUGGUAUGGUUCCUGAAGGAAAGGAGCAGAGAGAUAUGGAGUGCGUGCCUCAAGUAGACAUCUGUGAAAGAGAUGAUAUUCCCCAAGAGCCCCACUCUUACAAGAUUCAAUCAGAGACAGACAAUCUCAGUGGUGAUACUCCCUCUCCUGCCUCUUCCCAUCCUGAUGUCACAUGUGACAGGGAACUAGAUGGACCAUCAGAAUCAGAUAUCAAAGUGUUGCAGAAAGAUGGGGGUGACGGUGUCCCAGGAAGAAAUGGCCUUCAAACCACAGAGAAUGACCAUCUCAUUGACAUCAAGGAUAUAAGCGAUCAGUUGCUUCAAGAAGAGCCACACAUGAAUGGAAUUUGUUCGAUGUCAGACUUGCCUGAUGAAUAUGUGCCUCCUGAGUCAUUCAGUCCUGGAAUGAUGGAUUUUACAUGUGACAAGCAAACAGAUGAAAAAUCCUCUAAUGCUCACAGCAUUGGUUUCAUUGGCAAAUCUGACAAUAUCCCGGACAGCAAGACUGAUGAAGAGUUACCCAAGUCUGAUAAUUACUUAGAUGAACAUCCAGGACUAUCAAAUCUUGGUGCUCUUCCUGAAUCUCAUCCGGGAGUAUCUACUCCAGAGCAGUUUGCUUCAAGUGAUUUGGAACCUUCGUCUGUAUGUGAUGACGGACUUUGCACAUCUCUCAAUGUUAAAGGUGAGGAACAUUCUGAUGAACGCCUAAUUCCCAUCCGUCCUGUAGAAUCUCCCGAGAAUGAAAUAGAUACUGAAGCAAAUGGAAAUGUUUAUGGUGACAUUAAUGAUCAACCCCAAGUUAAAGGAGUGUGCAUUGAGGAAAAUCUGAGAGAUGAUACAGUAUCCACAGAAAAGGAGACAGCACAAAGUGCAGUUACAAUGCCAACGACACCAUGCCCGUUUGAAAAUGAUAAUGAGCUUAUUCCUGAUAUUGCUGGGCAAGUACCAAAUGACUCGGAUGAAUUAGAUGUAAACACUUGUAUGUCUGAAAAUGAUGCUGAGGACAGUCAACAAAGUGAUACUGGUGAACAUCCAGAAGCAACCACAAUUUCAUCUGAUCCACUACAUUCUGAUGUUACCUGUGAAAAUGAAGCAGAUGGACAAACAGGGGAAAUGGAAGCUUCUGAUAAUGAUGGAAUUGAUGAUCCUGAAAGGCUAAAAGUGACAAAGGAUGACUUUCAAAUGGGCACCAGUGAUGCAAGGGAUCCUUUACUUCAAGAUGCUGAGGACAGUCAACAAAGUGAUAUGGAUGAUCAUCCAGAAGCAACCACAAUAGUAGAUUCUCUAUCUAUCCGUACCGUUUGCAUUGAUGAUGCUUCUCCAGAAGAGGAUAUAGACGAGCUGGUACAAGAUGGAGAUCCCAUACUCCCUAAAAGUGUUGUGCCCGACAAUUCAACAGCGUCACAGAAUCCUGAAGUUAACAAUGGCACAACCCUUUUGAGAAAGCAAGAUCAGGAUGAAGUAAAUGGUGAUGAACAGCUACCUGUACCUUUGAUAGUAGUACAAAAUGAUGCAGAUGAAGUUUCUACUGUUUCUUGCACUGUUAUGGCCAACCAGCUGAGCCAGCUGCAGCGCCCAAUGGUUGUGAACUUGACCAAAAUUGAACAGGAUUCAAGUGACAGUGAUGAGGUUUCGUCAGAUCAGUUAUCUGAUGAUCAAUCAGAGUACAGUGAAGAGGAAAUAGAGAUUUCACAAGAAUCACCUCUUGAUGAAGAAUGUCUUUCACAUGAAGAUGUUCCUUCCUCUAAUGCUAGCAAUGGCACUGACUUUCCAGAGAACAAAGACCAGCAGAGGCCAGUAGGAAACAUAAAAGACACAAAAGAAAUGAUUCCAGAACAGGAUCGAAUUCCCUCUGAUGCAGGCCCUCAUGAUAAGCUGAAAGAACAUGGCAAAGAGGACCUCUCAUCAGCAACAACAGACAUUCCAAAGAUGAAAAGUCUUCCUGACCAAUCUUUUAAUCAGAACAUCUUUUUGGAAGCCAACAAGCCCCUGCAUUCUGAUAAUGGUGUCCUAGUAAUGCCAUUGGCUGAUGACACAACAAUGGACGGUACUAAUAAAAAGGCGAUAAAACAAUCUCUACCUCAAGAUAUUGAUCAUCCUACUAUCCAAUCUAUGACAGACAGUGAGGGUCAGAAAAUUGUAAAUGGGCCUUCAGACACCAAUAACCUCCCUAAUAUUGAUAAAUCUCCUACUAAUCAACAUCUUCAUCGAUUACCAGUGCUUCAUGGAAAUGGUGAGAGUAAGGGAAUCUCAAACAAUCAUAAUUUCAGGAUUACCCGUGCAUCUCCUGUUCCUUUUUCUGAUGAAGAAAUGGAAAGCAUGGAAAGUCCAUCCUCCUGCUCAUCCACAAGUGCAGCAGAAUAUCUCUUUGACGAAGAACAAACCCUCUCUGACUUCCUUGAGGAUGUAGAUGAGGUGGAUGAUGAAGAAGCAGCCAUGAGUGAUGACAUGUCUGCACUUCGGAAUUCAGAGGUGAAUGGGGAAAUAAUAGAAGGCAGCCAAGACAAUGGUACAGACGACUCAUUUGGUGAAUCAGAAACUGGCUCUGGCAUCCCUGAAGCAAUAAGGAAGGGAACUGUUCCAUCCGUUCAAGCAUCUCUGCCACCAAAUGUGUACAAAUCUAUCUUCAAUGCUGAUUCCCCACGGAAACAAAACAUUCUGACCAAUUCAGUUGCAGACAGCACAUUGCCAGAUGAAUCAGCCCUCUACCAGAGUGCAAUAGACACCUCACUGUACCAGACUGCAGUAGAGUCUCCUUCAGCAUUCAGCAACAAGAAUGAAAUCAUUCCUUUGAAGAAGACUUGGGAUAAAGAUCAGAUAGUCUUGUGCAGCACUCCUACAGGAACACCCAAAGGAACACCUGUGACAAAGAGCUCAGAAAAUCUGGACAAAAAGGACUAUGGCUCACCUGUAGUAGACCAACAUGGAGGCUCUCCAACUGAACAUAAAUGCAGGGUUCCACCACAAUUGGGUGCUUCUCCGAGUUCCAUAAUGGCAAGAAAAAUGCCUGUCUCUACUGACAUCACAAGAGAUCUACAUGGCUAUGUAGAUACUAGAGAUGCAUCUACAAAGAACGAAGAUGCCCCUCCUGCAGACAGGUCAGUUUGUAUUGGAGACAUAAGCACUGAUACAAAGCCGGCCCCCACUAAUUUUUAUCCAGACGUUACGGGCCACAAGGAAGAUGAUGGGAAUGGAGAAGAGAUGAGAGGACUGUAUUAUUCGCCACGUGAUCUCCCUGAACAAAGUUAUAUUCUGCACACUCUAGAAACAAUCCAGGAGGAAGAUAGUAUGUCAGAAGACUCGGAAUCUGAAGACACUUGCAGCACUCUCCAUUCUAAAUCACCUCAAGAUAGCAGAGAGACGUCACCAAAUAUUGAGCAUAUGUUGGCUUCAUCACCAGAGGAUUUUCAUCAUGAUAUUCCUCAGGAAGUGUUGCCUACAUCUUUGAAUCAUGAAAAGAUGACAUUUAUCACUAAGGUACCACUGGAUGAGGAAAUCAGCCUAACUCAGCCAUCCGAAGUGUUGAAAAAUGCAGAACAACAAGCAGUAUCUGAAGGAGAUCUUAACUCUCAAACUAUGGAAAAGCAAACUGAACCUGAUAAUGGCAUUCUGGGUAGAAAUGAUAUGAAAACUUCUACAGUUAUGUCCCAAGAAGGCCUCAAUUCUGCAGAGAAUAGUCUUUACAAUGACCACCUCAUUUCUACAGCAAGUAAACCACAUCUGAAGGAAGAACAUCAGCUUCUUUCAGAAGACUCUACGAGCAUCAAGCAAGAAAAUGUUCCUACAUAUGUUGACGAUGCUGGUCAGCAGGAUGAUAUAGUUUUAGCAGCAACGGAAUCAGAAACUUCUGCCCAUCAACCCGAAACAAGUCCUAUGCACAAGAUGGCACAUAAUGAUAAUGAGGUCAUUUCUACAACCAUCCCUCCCACAUCUGAGAGAACAGUUAAGAAUCACACUCCAAAAAACACAAUGACCAUGCAAGAAUCAACUGCUGAUGACGUUAAAAGUAUUGAUAAAAUGGACGAUUCAGAUUCUAAUAAGGAAGAAACCUCAGAAGAGUUACCAAAAGAGAAUGCUACUAGCAAAAGGAAGGAUGUCUUCUCUAGGCUGUAUCCAAAGAAUGCUCCAAAAUUCGACUUCAAAAGGAAGAGCGCAGCAUCGGUCAUCCCAAACGAGAGAUUUCUUGGGAAUGUUUCACCAAAGAUUAUAAAGAAAGAUCUCAAGGCGAGGAAAUCAGAAAUGUCUGAAACUGAAACUGAUGAUGGCAUUAGUGAUAAGAACCUAAAUGAAAAGAAUAUAGGUGGUGAAUUACCUCCGAUGUCGAAUUCUCUGACAGAUAAUUGUGAGAAGACCAGUGAGGCAGGACAUCAAAUGGAUGACAUGUCGGGCAUGAUUGAGGUUCGUGAUAAUGAUCCAGCAGUCAGUUCUAAUGAGGACUAUAUUCCCAAAGCCAUUCUUAAGAGUGAACCUGAAAUGCAUGUUGACAGUAGUUCAAAGGAUCAUUUGGAUGAUAUAACAGCAGAUGUAGGAGCCACAAAUGAAGUGGAUUUCCAUGGAGACGACGGGAGCACAAACAAUGACACCCAUACUCUGUCCCGUGAUAAGUAUACAGAUGCGCAUGGAUCUCAGGCUGUGGAAAACCUGAAGCCUUUCCUCGGGAAGGACUAUGCCAUUGCAAGUGCCAAACUGACCAUGUUCAUGAAAAUGUUUGGCCUCUCUGUUGAAAGCACAGACAGUUCUGAGGGCUCAGACUCUCUUAGAAUGCACAAAGACAAAGGGCUUGUUGACAGGAUUGUCGGCGAUGGCGUUGGAUAUGACCCUGAUACUUACCAAUGUGAUGAUUCUUUGACAAAUACAUUAUCUGGAAGUCCAGGCAGUGUUGGUCACAAAGGAGGUGAAACUAUACUAGAAGAUGAAGAGUGUGAAAACGAGACCUGGACAGGAUCGGAUGUAGCAGUUGAUGGUGACUCUUCAGUUCGAGAUCUGAGAAGCCGAUCAACCACUGCCUCUGAUAUUGAAUUGGUGAGUGUGGGAGAUGACACAGUGACAGACAGUACUUCAGCAAUGUCCCUGCCUGAUAUAGAAGUGGACCAGGAUCUAGAAACCUCAUUGACACAUCCAACACACUUGCCUAGAAUGCAGCCUGAACCCUGUAUCACCAGAUCAAUGCAACUUGCAUAUCCAAGGGAAGACAUUGCUCUCACAUUGAGUAAGCUAAAUAUUGAUGCACCCAAGGCAAGCACAUUAACCCUGAAAGAGGAUUCUACCAUCAAUGAACCAACAGGCUUCUCAUCUUCAGAAAUGGGCAAGAACCACACAGUAAAUGAUGUUCAUGAAGUUCUUAAAGUUGACGUCGAUGGUGAGACUAAGCCUAUGAAAAGCUGUGCAGACAUGGAUCAAAAUCACAAUAUUGAUUCUCUUCAAGAGCUGAAGGAAGAUGUUGGUGCAUUAGCAUCCCCAUAUGGCAUUGAUGAAUAUAGAUUACCAUUGUCAUCAUCAAUGGCUAAUAACAAGGUUCCUGUUCAAAUUCAAGAAUCAGCAAUGUCCCCUUUCAAAGUUCCUGAAGUGAAACACUCUGACAUGUCUCCCGUUGGAACAGUGGGCGUUGAUGAUGCCGGACAAUCCAGAUCGGUAGAUAAACACGACCCAUCUCCAGCUGAAGACGAAGGCCAAGAUUUAAGUUUGGAAGUUACUAGACCAUCCAGCAUUCCACAUCUAACACCAAGGGUAACAGAGGUUAUUCAUUCUUCAAAGGUUCAGCUGGAAGAGAAUAUGGUUUCUUCAACCCAGAGAUUAAAAGAAUUGUUUGUCGAAGGUGAUGAGAGCCCAAUUGAAAGAGAUAGUGAUAUUCAUGAGGAGUCUAUUCCAUCAACUGAAGGUCAUGAUGAAGCUAAAGAGAGAGAGAAGGAACUUCCAUUGAAAUAUGCAGGAGUUUAUGACAGUCCUAUCACCUAUACAAAUGACAGUGACAAUUGCAAACCUUUGAAGAGGCAUGUAUCAGAAAAGAUCACAGUUGACAUAGUGCAUUUACCUUCCCAAGUGAGCUUGCCCUUACUUUUUGAGAAGGUGGAGGAAAAUGAUAGCAAUCUUGAAAACACUCUGAAGGGGAAAUAUGAGUCUCAAGUUGAACAGCCACAUGGUCAAUCCCCAACCCACAAUCAACAUAAAGUAGAGCAGCCCAUAUGUGAUGAAGACAAAGCAAUGGCUGAACAAGACAUACCAAAAUAUCAAGUUAGUGAGAACUGUAUCAGAAAUCCUGUUCACCUGCCUGAAAACUCCCUGCCAGCAAUGCUUUCCAAGUUAGGAGAAUCAGAAGGACCCCUUUCUCAUGAGACCAAGAGAGAGAACACAUGUAGGCAUGAGCAAAAUUACAGAAUGGAUACAGAUCCAGCGCCAUCUCCUAAUAAGGAGCAACUACCGCAAGGGACCCUAGGCGAAAAUCAUAAUCAACCAGACCCUAAGGAACCAGUUCUUGAUAUCAGCACUCAAUAUAAUGGAAAUGCUGAUCAUGACCAGAAUAGAUUAGAGGAGCCCAGAUGUGUCAGAAAUAAAGCAAUUACUACCAAAGAUUUGCCCAUAGUCCAUGUAAGUGAGACCUGUACCAAGCAUCCCAUCCACCUUCCUGAACAGUCCGUGCCAGCAAUGCUUUCCAGAAUAAUGGAAUCUGAAGGACUCCUAUCGCAACAAAGUUCUGAAAUUGAAAGUAUGAGGAAGGACGUAUUAAGGCCAGAGCAAAAAGAUAAGAAAUGUGUAGAUCCACAGCCCUCUAUAUCAGUGGAAGCAGCACAGCAGAGAAUCCAAUUGGUACAUCCCAAUCGUCCUAAACCUAAUGCAGCUGUUGUUGAUAACACUCAAAGCAACAGACAUGCUCAUGAUCCAGUUGCUCAGAAAGUCCAACCAAUGAAGGUCAACCUUAAGAAAGAUCAAGGAAUGAAUACAGAUGAUCAAAGUAUUUUGGAUAACAAUGAAUCUGCACACCAUGUAACAACCAAGAAGGUCUCCAGUGCAUCAAGUGACACGAUUGACGAUCUUAGACAGCCUGGUAGUGAUAUCAGAACACAAGAACCUCAUGCUGAACAGCAAAUGCACUUUAAAAUUAAUGUCCAUGAAGAACCUAUCCUAGUCAAAGUAGCUUAUCCAUCCAAUGAUGAACCGGUCAAAUGGCACCUAUUUACAACAGACUCCAGCAACGAUUCAACACUUCUACAGUCAUCCAAGGAUAGUGUUGUGAUGGUGACUCCCGCACUUGACAAGUCAACUCAGUGUCAACCUAUGGACAUGGCUAAAGGCCACUCAGAUGAUAAUUUGGACUUGUUGGUUCCUCGUGGAACAGAAGACAGAUCUACUUCUCCCGAAGAGUUUCCUGAUAGCAUGCAUUCUUUUAAACCAAUCACACCUUCACCAAGACUUGUCAUUGCAGCUGGACAAAUGGAACGUACAAGUACCCAGAUUGAGGAUCUGAACAGAGAUUCUAUGACGAAGGACACUGUAGACAGUGAUUGGAAUGGAAAGAAACAUGAACAUCCUUCUUCAAAGAUUAACCAGUCAACUUUGUUGCCAAUAGAAACAGAAGGGACAGUACCAAAAGCUAAUCUUCACAAGGAAGCACAGAGUGAUCCCCCGUUGACAACCUCAUCCCUUCAGGUUCCUCCCCUUCAUGCUGUUGAUGGAGUAAGUCCAGCGUAUUCUCCUGUGCUCAGCUCGAGGAGCACGGACGAUGAGCUUGCUCAGAUAUUUGCUGGAGCUAGGGAAAGAGCCCCAGUGAAGCACAUGUUUACCAAUACAUCUCCAGAAAUUCCAGCAGCACAAAGAUCAAUAGUGAAUACAUCUACCACCACUGAUGAUAUUAUCAAUGAUAUCUCAAAUGAACCUGUACAAGAUGUUGAAGAGAUCCCUACCACUGUCUGUGCACAAACAUCCCCAUUUGAAAUUCUAACAGAGCAGAGAUCAGUAUUGGAUGCAUCAACUGCCACUGAUGAUAGCUUAAAACUCAUCUCAAACAACCCUGAAAAAGAUAUCGACAGAGCAUAUGAACAAACAUUCCCAUGUGAAGGACCAGCUACCAACGCUAGUGUGCAAACGUCUCCAUGUAAAGAGCUGGAUAGCUUUAAAGAUAGUGAAAGGUCAUACCAAAGCUCAGCUACAGAAACAGUAGUCUUGACACAACCUGAUGUGCCAGGUUCUGCAGUUGACUCUGGUGUUGCAGAUUUUGUUGCUCAUGGAGAUGGCAACAUUGUACAACAGCCAACACAUGAGGAAUGUUUGUCAGAAAACAGAAGUGUAGGAACAAGCCCGAUCGUUCAACUAGAUCUCCCUCAAGCAGAGCAUUUUUCAUCUCUGAACAUAAAGACAAGCACACCAAGCAUUACCAGUUUCAAUGAGCAGGAGAGCCAAGCCAAUUUAUCUUCUCAGUCAAACAACCAAGAAUGCCAGACUGACCUGUCACCAAGUGGUCUAUCAAGUCCAUCAUCCACUGAAGAUAGUGAUUCUGGCCCGUGGAGAAGAGCUAGCGAGGUCUUGGACGAGCUGUCAGAGAACAUGGACACUGAGGAACUGGAACUCUUUGCUGUCCUCAUGCACAAGAGACGAUUAUCUGAACAAACUGUGGACAGGGUCAAGGGACUAGCUGCAAAACUUCGGAAGAGGAAUCAGUCAGAUGAACUAGUACUUCUGAAUCCUGAUGUAGGAUCCAUAGAGAGACUAUCUUCAAAUCCACCCAGUGCUACCAAUGCAGCAGAAGAAUUUUCAUCACCAUAUGGUAACAGUCCUAAUGUAAUAGGUAGUGAACUCAGCAGUCCAAGGAUACCAGAACUUGAAGACACUGAGAAAUAUCCAGACGAAAACAAAUAUGCAUUGACAUUAUCACCACUAGCACUCUCUGAAACAGGAACAAGAGAAUUUGAUUUUGGAGUUAAUGAAAUAGAUUUUCCUGCAAAAUAUAAUCAACCAUUGAGAAAUCAUGAGGAGGAACUUGAUACAGCUAAAGAUUUGCAGACACUGUCUCCAGUAGAUGAUGAAUUCUUGACCCUGCCUGGGCAGAAGGGAAGUAUGUCACCGCCAAUGGUACCAGCUCUCGAACAGAUUCCUUCUCCGAGAAGUGGAUUGCCAUUUGACAGGAAGCCAGCUCCCCCAACCAAGACUCAGUCAGAAGGACCAAUCCCAAUCACUGAAAGCCCAGCAACAUAUUCUAAGGUACCUCUCAGUCAUGUUAUGGAUACCAGCUCCCGUAAUGAUUGGCACUCCAUGCCACUGCAAUCUACAUGGGAUGAGCCUCUGAAUAGAAACAACAACAACAGCAGCACUGACUAUAGUGAAGAUGACAUUGGUAGUGAAGAAGUAGCAGCAGACAAUCUAAAUGAUGACCCUGAUAGUAUUAGGUCAAGGCAAUCACCAAGAGCCACCCUUUCAAAGUUUUCUGAUGUCAGCUUCGAUUCUGAAUUGGACUUUCCUGUAGGUGCUAAUGACCAGGAAGAUGGGUCUAGGUUGGACAAAAAAGAUGUAAAAAAUCAAAGUGUUCAUGCAAGUACACAUAGCUUGGAUUCAGUCCUCUUUGCAGAUAGUGCUGAACCUGAAUUGUUAGCUCUCCAGGGAGACACUGAUGACAGCAAUGCUAACUCUGGCUCUUUGCCAGUUGACUUCAAUCACAGUACUGGUUUUGUAGGAGAAGAUCAAGGAGAGGGAAAGGACGAUCCAAAAGAGAUGGAAAACCAGCUGAACGAAGCAGAGUCUUUCAGGAUACAUGUGCCACAAAUAUCACCAGCAAAGUUAGAUUGGAUUUUAGCAGAAUCUGAAAUCGAACCAGAGAUCAACUAUUUGCCUCUCAGCAAGCACCCCGAGAAAGACAAGAUCCCACUGCCUGGAUUCAAACACCAAAGCACAGAGAGUCCCAUUGUGAUUGCAAAACAACCAAGUGAUGUAUUGAUGCAAAAACCUGAAGGAAAGGUACAUCCACAAGUUGCAGAAGUGGAAGCAUAUCCUGUUAAAUUUGCCAUGGACAAUGAACAGAAAGGGACAGUUCCAUCUAGCUCUCUUACAGGCCCAUCAGCAAGAUCUAGACAUGCUCCUGGAUAUAUUAAUCAAAUACCAGGAAGCAGUGGACAGGAUCCGGGAAUGGCGCUUCCUCUUGCAGGCAACAGGCAUGGAAACCUUGAGAGGACAGGAUCAAGUCUAGGUGAAAGCAGUGGUAUUUAUAGCCUUGCAAGUGAGCUACCCCACCUUCAUCAAGUAAAGACUCCCUCAGGCUCCAUGGAUUCUCUGAUCAAUGCUGCAUCUACUGAUGAAGAGAGGGACAUGCAGCAGUUACAGUCAGAGUAUGAGAGACUCCUUCAACGAAGAAAUUCAAGUAGAUUAGAUCCUGUAGAUGUUUCCCGUCCAAUGAAUGUUCAACAAUCAAACAGCCUCAAAGGCUCAGGUAAUGAUAACAAGAAUGCACAACCUCGUAGUAAUGGUAUCAUGAACGGGUACAGUAGUGGGGAUUCUGCAAGUGGUUCUGAAAUUGACAGCUUUGUGUGUGGACACUACAGCCAAAGCAUGGACAGAAGGGACAUAUCCAUAGAGCUUUUAGAAGCACAGGUGAUGCAUGGUAUAGGAGAGACUGAUGCACUUCUGAGGUUCCUUGAUGAUGAUCUCCCCUUGGAACACUGGACAAAUCGCAAGAGCCAAACAAAACCAAAACAUGGAGAAGCAGAACAUGGACAACCAUCAGCAGAUAAGAAAGAAAUAACUCACAAUCCAAAUAACACUAGUUAUAAAUCUCCAGGUUAUCCAUUAAGAAGAAGUCCAAGAUCUUCUCUGAGGAAAUCACCUUCAGGUCCACAAUCGUCGAGAAGUUCACCCUCUCCAGUGACUCCACCACCACUUCAAAGGGUUGUGACACCACUUUUAAGAACAUCUCCAAGGGAACAGUCCCCAUCUCCCAAAGGUCAUUUCAAACCAAGUGAACAUCUAAAAUUCUUGAAGCGUGUCAGGGAGAAUGUGGUCAAGGCAACAUCCAACCCAACGAGCCCUACCCCAUCCACACCGUCACCAAGACCUCAGCUGUACUCUGUGUAUCCAUCAGAAACACCAUUGGAAAACCACAGGAGCUCAUCUACAUUCAGCCCAGAGAAGAAUGACAUGGAGCUUUUCCUGAAUGAGCUUCGGGAGGCGAGGAGGAUGUCCCAGUCAGAGAUUUCCAAGGCAGAGGAAGAACUCCAUCCAUCAAGAAGAAGGUACUCAAAUGGAGAUGACAGUGUGUUUGCUGAUGCUAUGUCAGGCAAUCAUGCAUGUGGUGGGGAUGCCAGAAAACAUCAUCCUGCAUCUGCAGCACAGAAAGAUGGAGAUUGCUCUGUGAAACAGAGGCCUCAACGAUCAGAUGAGGACCUGAUUGAUCAGGAGAUCGCAUCCAUGCGUGCUGCUGCAGCCGUUAUCCUUCCCACCUCUGCAACACCCUCAGCAGGGAUCAGUCCAUGCAGGGAAGGGAACCAGUCCGAUGAAGAACCAUCGGAGGAAUCACCAAGCAAGCCAUAUUAUUACGAGAUGUAUGAUCUUCCUUCAAGAGCUGAACCUCCCAGCGGGAAUGAUAGUCAGAGCCGUCCAAGGUCGCUGUUUGGUUACAGCCUCUAUAAAGACCCACCAAGAUCACACGAUGCCUUGACCAAGACCUACCCACCAACUACAGCACCCCUCCAAGGUGAUGACUCAAAGAGAGAAGUUACACCCCUACACCAGAGUGGAAGUGUCCAACUACAAAAGUACACACCACUCAAGAGCACAGGAUCAUCCAGGAGUCUGUCCGCCCCUCCCAACAGGAGACCUACCCCCCAGCCAAGUGGAGUCUACCUGUCCACACCACAACACAGAGGUGUAGCCAGACCUCAUGAGGGUGGUUCCAUUGGAAGUUAUAGGGGUUCCCCGGGCAGCCAGGUGAAGAUAUCUCCCGUUAAAUCCAGCCUGAGGAAGAGACGACCUCAUGGAGGAAAACCCUUUCAAGAGCUUCCAACAGUCAGGGAAUCCAAACUAGUCUGGUCUCGUCCUGAAUGUCACCUUGUGGCGGAGACAGCGUUACAAACUCUUGUGUCUGAGAUGGCUCCCUGCGAAACUAGUUUUGACCCCAGCAAGUCCCAACAGCCAGAUGAAGAGGGAGGAUGGAGGUUUGAAGGCAGAGAACGAGACAUACUGCUACUUUGCAAGACCCACUCACCCACUAGUCCCAUCAACAGCUAUAUAGGUAUCGGUAUCAUCAAGGCUCCUGCUAGAACAGUCUUCAAUUACGUCAAGAAUCCGGUGUGCAGACAGAUCUAUGACCCUAUGCUCAAGGAAGUGAAAGUGAAGAAGGAUUUUGGAGGUGAUCUUCAGGUGGUGUACAUGGUCUUCAAGACUGACCAAUGCCUUCUCCAACAUCCCAGAGAUUGCCUGUGUGUCAUCAAGACAUUAGAAAUGGAUGAUCGUUUCCUGGUGGUUGCAGUAUCCAUCAAGCACCCGAGGAUCCCUCCCAAGAAGAAGACCCUCCGUGCAGAGGUGCUCCUGGCAGGAUACAGCAUCCAACCUCUGCAGACCGAAUCAGGCAUGGAGCACUGCCGUGUGACCCACCUCUCACAGGUCAAUCUCCAGGGUGAUCUGCAGCCGAAGCUUAUCAACGCCCUGAGCAGCAGGCUGCCUUUAUGCGUAGCCGAUCUAAGGAACAUCAUCCAGAUCGGAGAUGCUUGAUUGACCCGAGACUCGUUAGAGCGGAGCUAGUCAUCAUGGCUGGAUCCUGCUUUCAACAUUUACAGACUGGAGAUAUGGAGCACUUCUAUUUUCCCACCUAUCACAGAUAAAUCAUUUGGGUGAUCUUCAACUGAAGCUCAUUAUCAAUACUCUGAGUAGCUGGCUGCCCAUGCAUGUGCAUAUAGGAGAUCUCAAGCACAUCAUCCAGAUUGGAGAUUGUUGACUUGAUGUUACUUUCAACAAUCCAGAUGCAUGGUGACCUUCAUCCCAAACUCAUGGACACAUGUCCUCAUACAACCAGCUGGCCAUUCAGAAAGAAGAUUUAAGGAGCAUUUUCUGGAUCGGCGAUGCCGGACUCCCACGUACAUGCAUGUACACCUAUCAGGGCUUUCAUCCACCAACUGACCAUAAUAUGCACAUGACAUAAGAAAUCUUGUCUAGAUAUUACAAGUAAACACCUACUCUCUUUCUCACUGCUAUAAAUAAUCCAUGUUUGGUGACCUGUGACUGAAGCAGUAUUGUCAGUGCACAGAGCAGCCUAGCUACUGCCCAUGUGCAUUGCUAUCCUGAGAGACAUAUGGUUCACUUCCACCUAAUUGCUGUGAUCUUCAACCUAAGAACAUCAACACUUUGUGUACAUCAAUCACCAGUUGUGCCUUCGUACUGAAAAGAUUAACCGUUAAAUGCAAGUUUGUAACUACGCAAGUAGCAGUGUUCAACCAUUUUGCUCCUGAGCUGCCAGAAACCUGUACCACCACUUCUGUAAUAUGCAGUGAACCAGCGGAAAAAACACCCUGUACCUAUAGCUAAGUUUGUGCACACCUGUUCUCGAGAGCAUCACUGGUUUUCAAAUAAUGCCACCUCACAUCUUUGUCAUGAAUAUUACAAUCUUUAUUGAACAUGAAGUAUGACCUUUAGCCUCGCAUUAACUUGAAAGGUGUGAAAACCUGUGAUGGUAUCAGAAAGUUAGUGCGCCUUGCUGAGAAAUGGGUGUGUUCUGCCACAAAAAGUUCAAUGCAUCCCCUUUGGGGAAUUUACCUUAAAUUCUGUCAACUUCAUCAUCUACCUAUGAAUACAUGAUAUAGAUGAAGGGAGGUGUUUCAUCAUGAUAUCUUUCUCCAUCUUUCUGUAUAAAUGAACAGUCAUUUUUGCUUUCGUGAAUUAAAACAAUAUGAAAGUUGCCAAUUUGAAGUAGAGGAUUUAUUCAGCCUUUGAUUUAUCUCCAUUCUUGACUGGUUGAAUAGAAGCACCAUCCCUGACUGAAUCUGAUAAUUGGCUAAUGAAUAUUCAUGAACUAUGGUUAAUGAAUAUUUGUGAACUAAUGAAUAUUUAUGAUUGCCAGCUCAUCUUUCUUUACUCAAUUAUGCUCUAUUUUAAGCAAUCUUUCAAGCAACAUAAUGGAAACACCUUGAUUAUUUAACUUGCCAUGAAUUUUAGUGGUAGGAAACUAGCAUUUUUUUUUAUAGAUUUUAACUUCAAAAUGCAGAAUGGAAACACAUAUUUAGGUAGCUACCUUAGGUUAUUUAAAGCUACAAAUGUAAUAUGAAUCAAAACUUAUGUAUUCAAUCAGAGCUGACAUAUGGGAAUAUUGAAAUGGGAUUACAAUUAGAAUUACGUUACCUUGCAGUUAGAUAGUGAAGGUUAAUCAAGGAUAUAGUACUUACUAUGGACCAUAUCAUAUUCUAUUCAUCUUGAAACAUUAAAAGGAAGGGAAACAAAUACAGACAGUGAUAUAUAGAUUUGUAAUUAGCAAUGGGGAAAUAAAUCUUUUUAGAUUGAGAAAAUACUUUGACAGGGUAUUUAUUUAGUUCAUAUUGACUAGGCACACUCUGCUUCUGAUCAAUUUUUUCGUUAAGUAUUUACCUUCAUCUAUAUGUAACUGACAGAAUAUUGUAUUGUUUGAAAUCAGCUGAACUAAAAAUGCAAUAUUAGAACAAAAUAGAACAAAAUUUAAGCUUCCAUUAUUUGAGAGCAAGUUUUUUACAUUGACAUCUUUUCUAAAAGUUGUAUACUACAUAUUUCAGCAGGAGUCUAUUUGCUACGAAAAAGAUAGGUUAAUGUUUUAUGAUGCUAUAUUCAAAUAAGUUUUGGGGUUUUCAAAGUUGGGUGAGAAUAAAUUAAUGCAGUUUAAACAGAUGACAGAAAGAUUUAUUAAUAUGCAUCAUGAUGAAGUGAUUAUAACACAUUUAUAUGGUACAAUUAUAUGACUUUUGUCGUCCAUGUUCUGAAAGUUAUUUGUAUUAUUGACAAUAUUUACGUCAAUGAAUUUCAGAACAACCUCUUACAAUCACCUUGAUAUUGGCAGCUGAGAUGUAAAAUGAAUUGUAGGAAUCAUAGAAUCAAUAAAUUCUUUUCAAUAUGUAAGAAACUAGCUAAUGUUAUCCUUUUUUUCUACUGUUGUUGAUACUUUUGAUUUUCUACAAAUAAAAUCAAACAUGAAAAGCAACUUUUCUACUCAUUAUAAUGCAUGUUUUGAAGGAUGUAGAAUUUAGUUUACUGUGUUAUUGAAUGAGUCAAAGUACUUUUAUUUAAUUGAUAAAUCAUGACCAAGGUCCUCUAUCAUAACAUUAAUUUCUUGAUUAAAUACUCUGCAAAUAUGUAUUCAAUGCGACUAGUUCUACUUAAUACAGACAAUGAUAUAUUAUCAUCUAUCAUGAUAUUAAUUUCUUGAUAAACCGUCUGCAAAGAUGUAUUCAAUGCAAAUAAUUCUACUUAAUACAGACAAUGAUAUAUUUUCAUAAAUGUACAACAAGCUUUUCAGAAACCUCAUCUUUCCAGAGCGAGAAGGAUGUUUAUCCUAAACCCUUUACACCGAGGUAAUGCCCUUCUUGCUCUUAACCAUCCGUUUCUCUAUAAAGUAAAAGGAAUGCGGGUCAAUUGAAUCAUGAAUAAUGGAAAUAUAAAGUACGCUGUUUGUGUAUACACUUAUCAACCAUAAAGUAUUCAAAAUAGGUCAUGGCAAUCAGCAGUGAAUGGACGUUUAUUUUGUUAUUGUAAAUGUACCGGUCCUUUCACUUAAUCUACUUCAGCUAAAUUGGUAUUCAAUUUCUAACUCUUCUUUUGUAAUGCACAAACCGUAACUGCCAAUUCAUCACAACGUGAGAUGAUAAAUUACAUGUGGAGUCCUGAACGAUGAUUAAGCUCUUAUUUAUUAAAACAUUCCAUUUGUACAGAACCUAUUUUCAAUGAGUAUACAGACAGAAGAUAUGUACAUGUACUUGUAUAUAGUGUAGAGAAACGACUAUUUGUAUUCUGGAUUUCACAAAAAUACAUGCUUCCAGACAUUUGUAUUUAAUUUGAGAUGUAUUUAUUUAAUAUGAAAAGAGUUCUAAACUCACCGGCCAAUAGGAUGUAUUCCUGAAUCUCAAUUAGAUUAUGUUGGUGAUUAGAAAUUACUUUGAGAGAGUGUAUAUGUUAUUUGUUUGCCAUUUAGUUUGUUUGUAUUUACAGUAUUUCAUAUUUAUUUAUCAUCAGGGCAAGGUGCUAUUAUGAAUGUAAUAUUUCUGUUUGUUGUUUUGCCCAUUGAUAGUACGAUUUAGAUUUUGUUGUCGUUAAAUUGUAAUCUCAUUUUAUGAUUUUCAUUUUCAAUCAGUUGUGUGUCACGAGUGUGCUUAUUAUUAUGAUGAAAAAUACAGAUCAAUUGUUUCAAGUGAAA